AUGUCGCAUUUUGACCUGCAUUCAGAAAAAUUCCAAAACAGGGCGUGUGCGCGGGUCCCCGGGCGCGGAGCGGGGUGUGUCCGGGCUGAGCGGGGACGCGGGGCGGGGGGACGCGGGCGCGGGGACACCGGGCGCGGAGGGAGGGCCGGUCCCGCCCCCGCCCGGGCGCGCGGCUAUUUAGCGGGCGCGGCGGGGCGGGCGCCCGCCGAUGGCUGUCCCGGGCCCGCGGCGCUGGCCGGCCACCUGCGCCCGCGUCGCGCCCUGCCCGCCGCCCGCCAAGGCCACGGCCAAGGGCGCCGAGGCCCGGGGCCACCCCCCGCCGCGCCGCCCUUCGCGGGCUUCGGGCCGCAGGCGGCCGCCAAGCUCCUCGACAGCCUCCAGCGGGCGCAGCUGGUGGCCCUGCUGUCGCAGGUGGGCGCGGGCGCGCGCAGGCCGGCCGGGCGCGACGCGGCGGUGCAGGUGAGCCCGCGCGCGGACGCGGCCGUGCAGUGCUCGCUGGGCCGCCGCACGCUGCCGCGCAGGCCGGGCGUCGCGGCGCCGCCGAGGGCGCCUCCCGGCCGCCGGGCACCCGCCCGCGCCCGCCGCCCGCGCGCGCCCGCCGCGCCCGAGGACGCCCAGGCCGCGGCGCCAGGGCCACCCGCGGAGGGACCCGCGUCGGCCAGGAAGGCGCCGCCCGGGAGGCCGGGGGCGGAGGACGGCGACGACGGCGACGGCGAGGCCGUGCGGGAGGCCGAGGCCGGAGAGGCGCCGCGGAGCCCGGGGAGGGCGCAGGACGCCGGGGUCGACGGCGGGGACGGACGGGAGACGGCCGCCGCGGGAGACACGCCGUCGCCCAGGAGCCCCGAGCAGGACAAGGAGCGCCUGCGGUUCCAGUUUCUAGAACAGAAAUACGGCUACUACCACUGCAAGAACUGCAACGUCCGCUGGGAGAGCGCCUACGUGUGGUGCGUGCAGGGCACCAACAAGGUUUACUUCAAACAGUUCUGCAGAACGUGCCCGCAGUCUUACAACCCCUACCGGGUGGAGAACAUCACCUGCCAAAGCUGUAAAAAAACUAGAUGUUCCUGCCCGGUCAAACUUCGGCACGUGGACCCCAAACGGCCCCACCGCCAAGAUCUGUGUGGGAGGUGCAAAGGGAAACGCUUUUCCUGUGACAGUGCUUUCAGCUUCAAAUAUGUCAUCUGAAUUAAAGGAACAGAAAAAGGGUCCCAGCAAGCGUUUGCUGAUGGAGCCAGACGAGUGAGCCGAGCUUCCAUCCUCCCGUCCGCCUCUCCCUUCUCCAAAUGCUCGGUGAAAGGCAGUUGCCAAAGCCUUCAAAUAAAGUAAGCAAGUUAAUAUGGUGUGAAGCUGAUGAAUAGUAGAUGAAAGUUGCU